AUGACGGUGCAGCGCGACGAGCGCGACGCGCGCGCUCCCCGUACUCGCUUCAUGAUCACGGAUAUCCUCGACGCCGCGCCCAGGGACCUCAGCGCUCACAGGGAUUCCGACUCCGACCGAUCUGCUACAGAUUCACCAGGUGUCAAGGACGAUUCGGACGAUGUAUCAAGUAAAUCUUGCGGUGGUGAUGCAUCAGGACUCGCGAAGAAGCAAAGGAAAGCGAGAACCGCCUUCACGGACCACCAACUCCAGACCUUGGAGAAAUCAUUCGAGAGACAGAAGUACCUUAGCGUGCAGGACAGGAUGGAGCUAGCAGCUAAGCUUGGCCUCACAGACACGCAAGUCAAGACGUGGUAUCAGAACAGACGGACGAAAUGGAAACGUCAAACGGCAGUUGGGCUGGAGUUGUUAGCUGAGGCCGGCAACUAUGCCGCCUUUCAGAGACUAUAUGGGGGAUACUGGGCGGGCGUGCCGGCGUACCCUGCGCAACCGGCACCCACUGCAGACCUCUACUACCGGCAAGCUGCUGCUACAGCUGCUGCGGCCGCCUCGGCGUCUGCUAAUACGCUGCAGAAACCUUUGCCUUAUCGGUUAUACCCAGGCGCGCCUUUAGCGGGUGUUCCGCCUCUGGGUUUGGGUUUGCCGGGUCCUUCAGCUCACCUCGGUUCCCUCGGGGCUCCGGGACUUGGAGCUCUAGGUUAUUAUGCACAAGCGAGACGUACACCCUCCCCCGACGUCGACCCGGGAAGCCCGGCCCCGCCUCCCCGCUCACCUCGAGAACCUUCUAUAGAAAGACGUUCUGACGAUGAAGACGACGAUGAACCCAUACACGUGUAA